UCAUUUGUCAGUCGAGCAGCAGUAGUCCUCCAGUUCUCCACGACUCCAUCGCAAAAGCACUCCAAGCACACACCAGUCCAGAAUGGCACAGAAACUGAUCCUCGUCCUGAGCGCCCUGGUGGCGGUGUCCACCGCCGUGGUGGUUCCUGGUCCCGGACUGGCACUGCCCGCCUAUCCAUCGUACCCGGCGCUGGCCAAGGUGGCUGCUCCUCUGGUGGCCAAGGUGGCGGGUCCGGAGCCCUACGAUCCCAAUCCCCAGUACACCUUCAGCUACGAUGUUCAUGAUGGCUCCACUGGCGACGUGAAGAGCCAGCAGGAGACCCGCAGCGGAGAUGUGGUCCAGGGCGCCUACUCCCUGAUCGAGGCCGAUGGAACCCGCCGCAUUGUGGAGUACACCGCCGAUCCCGUGCACGGAUUCAACGCAGUGGUGCGCCGCGAGGGAGCCGUGGUGAAGGCUGUGGCUCCGGUGGCCAAGGUUCUGGCCCCGGCUCCGCUGCUCCAUGCCGCACCCCUGGUGGCCAAGCUGCCCGCCUAUGGACCGGCUCUGGCGCCCGCCUACCCGGCUCUGGCCCACGGAUACGGACCGGCAUUGGCACCCGCCUAUGGACCUGCUCUGCCCAAGCUGGCACUGCCCGCUCUGCCCGCCCUGUCGCCCCUGGGCUACCACUAAGUCAGAUGGAUGGAUGUAAUCCCCUCGAAUAAUGCCGACCUCUUGCCGCAACCGUAUAAUGGACACAUCGCGACCAACUUCUCCUGCCACAUGGCCUCCAGUUAAUGGGAGCUCGUGGGCUAAUCAUAGUCGAUAGUAGUUGUAGUAUUAGUGGAAAUGAAAGCGAUUUAUCGAAAUAUGUACAUACGAAUAUUCACGGACAGCGGAUACCGAUGGCCCAGUUCUUGGGAUCUUGCGGAUCCAAUGUACCCUCAUCUACACUCACACAUUCUCGAGGCCUUUCAUUUAUGUUUCUUGUCUUCUUAAUCUUAAGGCUGUUUGACCGCGAUAAAAACUCUAUAAUCCCCAACUCACAAUCCCCGUUUCGAUUCUUAUUUAACCCGAGCCUGUGCACUCGAGUAGAACUCGCAGAAUGAGAAACGAGAUUGCAAUAAACGAACCGACGCUAU